AUGACGGGAGAGGAUGAGAAUAGAGUGAGAGAAGCUAUGGAUGAUGUGGAGGAGAAAAUGAUCCAGGGGAUGGGUUCGAGGAAAGAGAUCAAGGAUAAGCCAAGACCAGAAGCCAAGCCAAGCACCAAGCCAACAGGAGCCAGGGUUCAGAACCAGGUCCUGGCAGUCAAUCCCAAGAACGAUGGCGGGAGCUUUGAGUCAAACAGCCAGCGACAGAAAAGGCGCCAGCUCACUUGUGACAUGACAGCCUGCCUACCUGAGCCAAAACAUCUUGUGACGGUGUAUCAGGAUUACCACGUUUUUCUGGCAAUCUCGGGGAUUGAUUCAGUCAAUCAGAUCAAUUUUGGCUACCCUUUGGGUCACGCACUGUCCAAGUUCGAGAAGCUCGCUCUUACGUGCAUCAUUUCGCGUAUCACGACUCCCCAUGUCCCGCCCCCUUUCGCCGUUGAGCCCAGUUUGACCGACCGACACAAAAGAUACCAUGACGAUCCAAAGGUCGAGAACCUUGAUGAUGACGAUGUUAGAGUUGCAUCCCGCCUGACACGCUCUGUUGGUGCCGAUUAG